GCCGGUGCUCGGAGGGUCGGGGGCUGCUGUUGCAGCUGGCUGCCAGCUCCUGCGCUGGGCUGGGCUGACCAGCGAGGCCUCUGCAGGUGGCAACCGCAGCUCCCAGCCGCCUGCCGUGCUUGGGGCAGCGCUGAAGAAGAAACUGGUGGAGCUGCAUAAUCAGAGUGAGAGAGCUGUUCGGGCCAUGAACACGGUGAAAACAAACCAAAGCCAAGCUGCUGAGACAGCUUCCAGAAAGAAAGAUUUGAUCAGAAGUGAGUUUUUAGAAAUUAAAGCUUUAAUUGAAGAAAGAGAAAAUCAGGCUUUGAAAAUAAUUGCAGAGGAAGAAAAAAGAGUUUGCAAUAAGUUUGAUUAUAUCUACAGUGUUGUGGGAAGUAAGAAGAAUGAAGUUCAGUCUCUCAAAGAUCAGAUUGAGAUGGCACUGGGUGAAAGUGAUGACAUUCUGUUUUUGAAGAGAGCAACUGCACUGCAACGAACAUCAACAAAAGAUGCUUUUGUUCCUGCAAUUGAAAUGAAUGAAAACAUGAUACAUUGCACUUACCAGUCUGCCAUUAACCUUAAAGACAUUGUGAAACAUUCAGUGUCUCAGUAUAAGGAGAAAAGAGUGGAAGGAAGACUACCACCUGGGAAUACUAAGGCUCCUCCAAUGGCUCCUCCAAACAAAAACUUUGCUGGAAAAAAGCCUCCGGGACGACAGCACGCCUACAAAGAGAAGACCCUUCAGCAGACUCAGGCCACUUUGCACGUGGAGGCAGACACCAAGGAGAAAAAGAAACCCACUAAAGCUGCACCAACCACAGGGACGCCAACUGCUGCAGCUGCUGUUUCAAGUAAAGAGCUUCUUGAGAGCUUUCUGAAGAAAUCCAGAGAGGAGCUUUUGCAGUAUGCUGCUAACAUCACGCUGGAUUACAACACGGCUCAUAACAAAGUGAUUCUGUCUGAGGGGUAUACCAGGAUGUCUGUCUCAGACACCCCCCUGAAUUAUAACCAGCACCCGCAGCGCUUCACCAAUUGUUCCCAAGUGCUGGGGUUCCAGUGCUUCAAGAGAGGCAUCCACUACUGGGAAGUGGAAAUGCAGCAGAACACCUUCUGUGGCAUCGGGAUCUGCUACGGCAGCAUGGAGCGGCAGGGGCCCGAGAGCCGCCUGGGCAGGAACAGCAGGUCCUGGUGCAUCGAGUGGUUUAAUUCCAAAAUAUCAUCCUGGCACAACGACGUGGAAAAGUGCUUACCCAAUGUGAAGGCUACCAAGAUUGGUGUGCUGCUCCACUGCGAGGGAGGGUUUGUGAUUUUCCUGGCUGUUGGGGAGAAGCAUAACUUGAUCUAUAAAUUCAAGGCCCAGUUUACUGAAGCCUUGUACCCUGCCUUCUGGUUAUUUUCCAGUGGCACUGUUCUCUCUCUCUGCCAAAUGUAA